AUGCGUCGCCUCCGUUCCACCACGACUUCGCCCCCUGAGGAAGCGACGGGCAAGCACGUCCCCUUUGGCGAAGAAGGCACUGGCUACUAUUCACUCGCCACGCGGGGCUGCUUUGACGUCAUUGAGCGCGCCACGCCGCUCCUGCUACAGGCCACUGAGCAAGCCAUCGAGGCUUACAAAGCGCGAAAUGAUGAGCGGCCGUUCACCAUCAUUGACUACGGCACUGCCGAUGGAGGCACCUCUCUCCCCGCCCUCUGCAAGGUUGUUGACGCUGUCAAGGCUGCGCUGCCCAGCACACCCGUCGAGGUGGUGUAUGAGGAUCAAAUCACCAAUGACUUUCGCAGCGUCUUUUACCACGCCCACGGCCUGAUCACCCCUGCUGGAAGCAUGCACCAAAGCGAAGAGCUGCGCUCGUACACACAAAAGUACGAGGAUGUGUUCGUCCUGGCCUCGGGCUCGAGCUUCUACAACCAGGUCGUCUCCCCGGAAACCGUCGACUUGGGCUUUAGUGCCACAGCCAUGCACUGGCUGACAGAUAUCCCCCAGCCUCUGCGUGAUUGCCUCCACUCGGCCUGCUCAACAGAUGCCACCGAGAUUGCUGCAUUCAGGGAGCAGGCUCGCCAGGAUUGGCUGCGCAUCAUUGAGAACCGCCGUAACGAACUCAAAGUGGGCGGUGCCUUUGUUUGCGUCAACUUUGCCAAGGACGAUGACGGCCAGUUUCUCGGCACCACUGCGCAAACGCCGAGCAGCAUGCAUCACAACUUUAACAAUCUGUGGCACGCCAUGGCUGAUGAGGGCCUGAUUACGCACAAGGAAUGGCAAGCGACCAACUUUCCCAACCAGUACCGCUCAAAGGACGAGAUUGCGGAGAACCAGGUCGAUGGUCUCCGCAUCGUGUCGCUGGAAACGGCUGUUGUGCCCUGCCCCUACCGGGCCUCUUGGCUUGCCUCCCUUGAGGCCGAGGAGUCCCGCGAUGCCCUUGAGCACGCGCGCGAGUUUAUCCCGACCACACGCACCUGGUCCAACAGCACUUUUGUCGCUGGUCUCGACGCUACACGCAGUGAUGAGGAGAAGGAUGAGCUGGUCGAAGAGAUGUUCACGCGCUACGUCAACUUGGUGGCUGAGAACCCUGCCGACCACGGAAUGGACUACGUGCACACCUAUUCCCACUACCGACGCGUAUAA